UUUUUUUUUUUUAUAUCACCCACACUCAUAUUGUUACAGUUGGCUUCUGGCUAAAGAAUCUCUCCAUUGGUGACCAUGCAUGAAGGUCACGCUCCAUGACCUGCUUGGAAAAAUAGACAUUCUUCUGAUCGUCACAUGACCAAAUGUCAUAUUCCAUGGUAUUGAAUGAUAUAUUUUUUCAUAGUUUUCAGAAUGAGUUUUGUGUGUGUGUGCGUUUGUGUGGUUAUCUGUAACCUGUAUUGCUGGUCACCCAGUCUGUUUCAUAGGGUGGCCAUCUCUUCUUACCACAGUAUAUUUUGUGCCAUAAUGAUCAACUGAAACAUCACUUUGUGAUCGCUUUCCUUUUCUCCAAAGCAUUUAUUUAAUUGCCAUGUAUUUGCCUUUUGUUUGUUUCCCAUAUUGUGCAUACAUAUAUUAUAUAUAUAAAUUCCUCUGUAAUAUGUGAAUGUGUGUAUGUUUACGUUUUGAAAUAUGCCAAAUGUCCUGUCAUGACCCAUUUGUAUUGUCUCUGACUUUUAUUUUUAUUCAGAAAUAAAGAAAGGUUGGCUGUGUUGACUAAAUAUACAACGGCAUCAUUUCCUGUUGAAAGUUUCUACCUCAAAGGGGAAAAAAACUAGACACAUGAAAAUUAUUUCAUUUCAACUUAAUCUACUUUUUAAGUCUUGAGAAGAAUUGGCUGAUUUCUCAGCAUGUGGUAAGUAAAUGAGCCAUUUGUCCUAUCCUUUUCUGCUGCGCCUCCACAUGUUGGAUAGACCACUGAGUUGGAGAUGUUGGACGUGCAACUGAACAUGCACAACGCUGAAUGUGACGCGUGUCAGCUCGCUCAGUCGUCACUCACACACUCCGUUCCCGCUAUCAGCCCAAGCCAGCCGCGCGUUACUCAGAUAGGGGCCUGCAGCCGCGCGUUAGUCAGAUAGGGGCCUGCAGCCGCUUGGAUGGGACUGCGAGUGUGUGAGUGUGCGUGCGUGAGCAAGCGUGGGACAGCGUGCCGUUCAUCUCAGUCUUUCAGCGCGUGUGUGAGAAAAUGCACACGCAGACACACACACUCAUUUUAUAGGUCUCAGUCUUGGAUGCCGUCUCAAGUGUUGAGUUUAACUGUUGAAUUCUUGUCUGGGAGCUGCCCUUUGCUAUGUGCCUCCUAAAAAAUUGAGACAGUAUGGCUCUGUCACGCACAUAGAACACACUGAGUCUCAUGAGUAAGUGAAGGACUGAGAAAGAAGGUCAACUGGGAGGCCAUGUCAGAGUGUUUAUCUGCUACAGGAACAGGGUCCAGGGAGGGUGAUUAGGGCAGAUAGAGAUGACAGUAGAGCAAAAGAGAGGGGGGCCUUACCGGUGAAGUGGGGCAAGUGAGGGAGAGAGAGAGAGAGAGCAGUGCACUCAUCCCUCAAGAGAGGGGGGCCUUAACGGUGAAGUGGGGCAAGUGAGGGAGAGAGAGAGAGAGAGCAGUGCACUCAUCCCUCAAGAGAGGGGGGCCUUAACGGUGAAGUGGGGCAAGUGAGGGAGAGAGAGAGAGAGAGCAGUGCACUCAUCCCUCAAGAGAGGGGGGCCUUAACGGUGAAGUGGGGCAAGUGAGGGAGAGAGAGGAAGUGGAGAGAGAGAGCAGUGCACUCAUCCCUCAGUGGAAACUGACCGCAAGCAGCAGCAGACCAGAAGAUGCAGAGUAUGACCACAGAGGAAACCCCCACCACAGCACAGCCUGGUGAACCCAAAGCCUUUGCGCGGACUAAACGUGUCAAAGUCGUGUUGGUCCUCCUGGGUGUUUUCCUCUUUGCCAUGGCGACCGGGCUGGGGCUGCACUCCCUGGGGAAUUGGAACUCUCCUCCAGGUCUCCCCAGUUCAGCCAACAGCAGAGCAGCCCCUCUUCCAUGCCAUUCUCCUGCCUGUCUGGAUGCUGCUACGCGUCUUUUAGUGGCCGUAGAUCCUUUCUCUCAGCCAUGCGACUACUUCCUGUUCACCUGUGGGUCGCCGGGAGCGACAAGGGGCAGACAGAGAGGCAAGGGCACUGGUCACCUUAGCAACCGCGGGGAGGGUGAGAGGACCACGAGAAGAGAGGACAGAAGGAGGAAAGUGGAGAAUGACACUCUGGCGGACAGACUGCCAGACAGACAGACACUCUUGCUGCAGUCUAUUAAAGACAUAUUGGAGACGACUGUAGGGUUGCAGCCUCCAGACCAUCUGGAGGAGAAGGCUCGGCAGUUCUACCGUUCCUGUAUGGACAAAGACUCCAUAGAGAGCCGGGGCUCUGAGCCGUUUCUCAAGCUCAUCCAACAGCUGGGUGGCUGGUCAGCAUUAGGCUGGUGGAAUCGGACGGAUUUCAACUCCACUUUGGCUCUGCUGAUGGGGCAGUACGGGACAUUUCCGUUCUUCAGUGUGUACGUGGGCAGAGACCCCAACCAACCGCACAACACCUCAUACAUACAGAUUGAUCAACCACACUUUCAAAUUCCUACUGAGUGGGACACCCAGAGUCACACGUCUAAAGCCAACACUGUGAGCCUGCGGCCGUUCCUCUUCUCCUCUCUGCAGUACCUCACUUUGCUGGGGGUUCCCAGCAUGACCCAAUUGAUGCAUAACGGGCUGUACAUAGCUCUGUCCUCUGAACUGGCUAAAGAGUCCUCUCCACUACACCACCGGCUGCAGACCAACAGGCUCUACCAGAGAGUCACUAUACGUGAACUACAGACUCUUGCACCGGUGAUUGACUGGCUCGGUUGCCUAGAGGCUACUUUCCACCCCCUGCCUAUCAGCCAAUCAGAUUAUGUCCUUCUGCACAACCUGCCAUACAUCAUCCACAUGUCGGACACCAUCAGCAAAUGGCUGCUCAGGAAGGAGAUGAUGGGCAGGGUGCCUAUCCAGACGUACAUGAUUCUGAGCCUGCUGCAAACGCUGCUUCCUGCCCUGGACUCAAGGUUCCGUGAGACACAAAGGAACCUCUCUGUUGCCCUUGGUAACAUGGAGGAGGAGGAGCCUCGCUGGAAACACUGUAUUAGAAGGACAGAAAGGGGCUUUGACCAGCUUCUCAGUCACAUGGUCCGAGACAGAGCUGCCCACGAAGAGGCAGACGACCUGGUGGGGAAUCUCUACUCCGCAGUGCAGAGCAAGUUAGCUGAUCUGACGUGGCAAGACGAGGACUCCCAUAACUCUGUGUUAAAAAGGGUGAAGUCUCUGACACCACGAUUCAUGGCUCCGUUAGACAAAGAGACACUUGCACAACUGUACUCAGGGGUGGUGAUCAGUGAAGACAGUUAUUUCUCAAACUACCUGCAAUCUCUUCUCCUUGAGAAGAAGAGAAGAAACCAACUCUUCUCACACCAACACCUUCAGUCUGACGUUUUGUCUGUUACUCCACUUCUCUCAGGGAGAGAUUUGAUCUUUCCCACUGGGGUGUUUGUGCCACCCCUUUUUCAUCCAUCAUAUCCAAGGGCAUUGAAUUAUGGAGGACUAGGAUUCAUGAUGGCCAAAGACCUUCUCCACCUCCUCCUUCCAGAUAUCCACACACAGAGUGGCAGCCCAGAGUCAGUAGGAGGCUGUGUGUGGUCUCAGUACAUCAGUGUAACUGAGGGUCCAGGGCGCAUGGGGGCUUUCUCUCUGUCUCCAUCACAGAAGCUGGAGGUGUGGGUGCAGUACACGGCCCUGCAGGUGGCGCUACAGGCCUAUCAGAACAGUUUGAAACCGCAUCAGAGUGACACUUCACUAUUGGAUUUUGUUCACACACAUCUCUUCCUUAUCUCUUUCACACAAAUCAGCUGUGAUCCUUACCCAUACAGUCAGCUGAUGACCUUUGAACCUUCUUUCCUGGUGUCUGUCAUUUGUGCCAACUCAGACGUCUGUCCAUCAAGGAUGACCUGUCAGAAAAAAACACUGGUGGAACCCGGCAGCUGCUGAUGCGGCUCUGACGGGGCUUUUUUUUUUUUAAUUCACUGUUCAGGAUUUAAGACUGACCAUCUUAAACAGAAAUGUCUGGGGAGCAAACUGUCAAGACAACUCCGAAUUUUGUCAGUGAAGUAUAAAGACGUGCUGAUAGCGAGCAUGCCUCUAUCAUGUCGUUGCAUUUGUCUAUUUGAAGAUUUUGGCUAUGUGCCAAGUCUUAUGCGUAACUGUUUGUUUGCUUAAAGCGAUGGUUCGGAGUAAUUGCACCCUAGGGUCCUUUGCACCAUGACCCCGCCAAACACCCUCCCAGAACCUGUUUUCCCUUGGUCGAACCCUGUAGUCAGGUUCCUUAUAUUCAGAUUUUUACCUUUGUGGGAAGUUUUUGGGGAUUAGGUAAACUAUACAUUUUUGGAUACAAGGUUAUUGUAUAAGAAGUCAGAAAAUCAAUGUUUGAUCAGAUGUCUAUAUGGCAGCCAUAUUGAAGUUUAAAAAAUGGCCGCCAUAAAAUUUAAAAUUGUAAUAUCUCGACUUCUGCAUAAAAUGGAAUGUUGAUUUUUACUGCUAAACCCACACUGUAAGGGUCAAGGAAUCCAAUGGUGGUACUUACACUUUACCAUACUAACCCUUCAGUGCAUGAGUAGGUAAAAAAUGACCCUGUGUGGUUGUGUUCUUGCAAUAUCUUUGUAAUAAAAAGUUAUCAUUUCAUAUUCCCGCUGACUGUUAUUCAAAAAAUAAAGACUUUUUAUAUCA